AUGAAGUCUGUUUCUGAGAUUCUAAAUAUUCCGAGAUAUAAAUUUAAUUUUUCUGAUUACAAGGAGGUUAUUUCUAGAAGUGACAAUUGCUCACAACUAACAGUUAUUAUAGCUCGUCUUAUCAGUUUGGGCUCUAAGACUUUUAGCAAAACUGGAUAUAACACAGUUGCAAAACGUGGUUUAAACCUUCAAUUUUAUAGUGGAGAAGAUAUUAAUCUAACUUUAUGGGGAAACAUAGCCGAAAAUUUUGAAUUUGUUGAAGGAUCUAACAACCAAGAUCCUAUCGUAAUAGUUGUGACCGGCUUACUUGUCAAGUUAUACCAAGAUAUGGAUUGUCAUCAUGUCCUUUCUUCAACAACGGCCACACAAGUUUUUCAAAAUCUAAUGAUUCCAGAGGUGGUGACUAUGCGAGAAAGAUUUGCUGUCCAUCCAUCUCAAGUAUGUUUGUUGGAUGAUAUUGUUGAAAGUUCGAUGUCUUUACAAGAUGAGAUGAUGAAAGAUCGACACACAAUUGAGGAAUUAUACAACCUAUUGUCAAAUGAGGAAAGCAAGGAAUGUAUACGUACCGUUGAAGCGACAAUCAAUAAUGUAUGCAACUACAAUGGUUGGUUUUACUACUCUUGUGAUGAUUGUCGCGGAAAAGUAACGCUCGAGGGCGAUGUUUUUUUUUGCAACUCAUGUGUUAAAGUUACAAAAUAUCCUACUCCAAGAUAUAAAUUAGAGAUUGAGGUUGGUCACGAGUCAGGAGCUGCACUAUUUGUGCUUUUUGAUAGAGUUGUAAAUAAGUUAGUUAAUCUAACUGUUUCAGAUUUGUUACAAUUACAUCCGAGUUGUGACAAAGAUUUACCAUUGCCGUUAUCAUCAAUGUCAUCGCGAAAACUUGUGUUCCAAGAUAAAAUUACUGAUUACAACCUCAAGAAAAAAUCACACAAUUUUACAAUUAUAAAAGUGUUUGAUCCAAGUCAAUCACUCAUUACUCAACAGAUUAAAAUGCGAGAAUUACUUAAACAACAAGGCGUUUGGGCACCAUUGUCGAAGGAAAAGGCGGAGAUAGUUGCAGGUCCUGCAAAGGAGUCUACCUCUGGUAAAAUCACUACUGAGCUUGAGGCCUUUGAAGAGAAGGCACACUCAACGAUUUUACUUUAUCUGGCUGAUGAAGUGAUUACUGAGGUAUCAGAUGAAGAUACCGUAAUCGGUCUGUGGUCGAAGUUAGAGGCUUUGUACAUGACACAGUCACUAACUAACAAGUUUUUAUUGAAGCAACAUAUGUUCAGUCUUCGUAUGCUUAAAGACUCCGUAACUCUAAAGAAAGUUCGGUCAGCACUUCACACUAGAGAACUACGUCAUAAGGCGAGCGGUGAAAUUGUAGACAGUCAAGAAUUUGGGUUGAUUGUCACCAUAGUCAACUACAAAGGGUCUGGAAAGUAG